GUCGGAAUAUGCAUUUCCUUCUCUGUUCCUUUAUUCAUAAGUUUAAGCUUCUAUUUUUGCUCCCUUCUCUGGACCUUGCAAAUAAACCAGCGCAAGCCAAUUUCCCUCUGCAUCCCCACUCUUGAGUCUUGAGUCUUGACCAUGGAAGUCCCCCAAGGCACCAAACCCAUUUAUCAACAUGAAGGCCAGCUUCGUGAACUUAGUACCCAAGUUCUCUCCGUGCAACCCUUCAACGCCCUCCCCGCCGCCGAGCAAGCGCUCUUCAAACAGCACCUCUCAGCCGCAGCCAGCGCCUACAUCGUCGUAACUAGCUCCACCAUUUUCUACCCCCAAGGCGGCGGGCAGCCCAGCGAUGUCGGUUUUAUGGAAUCGCUUGUUCCGGGGGGUGCGAGCUUCCAAGUUCUGAGCGUGCGGAACGGGCCUCAGAAACGCACGUUGCAUCUCGGGACCUUCUCUCCCUCUCCAUCUUCAACGACCUUUGCCACCGGUGAGAUGGUAAAGCAGGUGAUCGACGGGCAGAAACGCGAUCUGUAUUCGCGGCUGCACACCGCGGGACACAUCAUCGGCGUCGCGGUGCACGAGCUCUCAGCGCAGAUCCCAGACGUGGUGGAUACGAAAGCACAGCAUUAUCCCGAAGCAGCGUACGUAGAAUUCCGCGGCACCAUUGAUGGGAAGCAUCUAGAAGCGAUCCAGGCGAAAACGGAUGAGCUGGUGGAUAGGAAGUUGAAGAUUAAAUUGCAUUGGUGGGAUGAGCCGGAGUUGAGAGAGAAAUGCAAGGCGGUUCUAGAAGGCUUCGUGAUUCCCGAGGGGGAGAAGGCGAGAGCGGUCGAGAUUGAAGGGGUCGGUGCUUAUCCGUGCGGAGGUACGCAUGUCCUGGAUUCUGGGGGGGUGGGGAAGAUAGUGGUUAGUAAGAUUAAGAGAUCGAAGGGGAUUAGUAGGAUUUCGUAUAGUGUUGUGCCGUUGGAGUGAUUGAGAUGGUGUGUGAAUGGAAUGGAAGAUGUGGGCAUGCCCCCCCUGAAAUACUAGAUCUCGUGAUACUUAGCGACUCUUCACUCAAAUAGACUUGAUCACAUAACCUUACUACAGGAAGACAAGAUGUUAAUAGCGAG